AUGAGUUUGGAACUGGAGAUUUCUAGCAUGAGGGAUAACAAACUUCUCUCUAGGAGGGAGCUGGAAGUGGUUGCAUAUCAUCCGGGGAUGCCAACGCCCAGCCAGGAGGAGAUAAGGAGCAAGAUAUCUGAGCUCUACCAAACAAACAAGAGGAACGUUGUGGUUGCCGGCUUGAGGAACAGAUAUGGUACACACAGAACCACCCUCAAGGCAAAGAUUUAUUCAAGUGCCGAGGCCCUGUCAAACGUCGAGAAGAAGCACAUCGUUGCAAAACUUACUGGGAAAGAAUUCCAGGUGACGCCUAGAAGAGUCAGAAAGGACGAGAGGAAGAAGCGCUACAAGAUCUUUGGUACCCUCAAGAGAGCAAUGAAGAAAGCUGAGAAGAAGAAUAAAUAA